UUAUUUCAUAUCGCCACCCUGCGUCGUUCUUUUCUGCCAGCUCCUCCACCCAUUACCCAGCUCUUUUCCUCUGAGCCCUCAGCCUCUGUAUCACCCAACGACUUGCUAUUAUAUCCGUUUCAACCACCAACCGCGACGGACAACGUCAAACUCGAGCGAUUAACCGAUAUACAAACCUGACUGAGUGGUACACUCUUACCAACCCAACUUCCUAAUUAACAUCUUUGACUAAUCAAAUCACGCGUCAUAAUGACGCACAAUGCUGCAGAAGAAAAGAAGACUGUUCAAACUCGGCUUUACAAGUCAAUCGAUGAUAGCAUAGGUGAGGCCUCUUAUCGCUAUGAAAAAUUCAUUAAGGACCAAUAUGCCCCAAACACCAAUUUGAUUCCUGGGCGAAUUUUUACUGGUAUCACCAACUUGGAUCAACUGUACAAUGCCCGGGAACUCAUUCUUAACGCUGGCACCGCCAUUGAAAUAUUAUUUUUUGCCUGCAUUCCAAGCAAUGUCUCCUCCACAUACUCUGUCAUCCUCAACGAAAGGAUUCCAUGGGAUAAGCUACCGAACCUUCGCUAUCUAUCCAUUACCGCUCCUCUUUUCCGUAAAGGCCCAAGCGGAUUUGAACCCUACGAAAUAUACCUCCAUGAGCCGGGCCAAGAGUUCAGAGGUCUGGAUCAUUUGGAAUUAGUGCUCACAUGUGACAUGUGUAGUAACAAGGACAUAAUGUCGUUUAUAGACGAUUACGGCUAUACUCUGGUAGAACAAAUUGGCCAAAACCUAUUCAAAGGCAAAAGACAAAAGAAGCCAUUGAUACUGUUUGUGCCGGGUCACAAUAUUGAAAGGUCUUCGUGGGGAUACAAGUAUCUCAAAGAACCAACCUUGGCCAUUCAGCAACACAUAGACAACUGGUUUGCAGUUUCGGGCAUGAUUGAAUGAUGGCAUGGAUGAAAGAUACAUUGUUAACAGUUUGUUUAUAACUGUAUAUAGAUAUUCAUGUCUAUUAUUAUUAACUAU